AAGCCUCAACCAAACACACAACUCAUCCCUCUCUCUUAGUCCCAUACACACUAAAAGUCUUACAAAUUUUGAGCUCUCUCUUCUAUUUGAAGGCCAAAAAAUGAAGGCAUCAUCAUCAUAUGUAGCAGUUUGCACUCUUUUGGUGCUACUCUUAGCUGAAGCACAAGUGACAAUGGCUGCAGUACCAUGUAACCCUACCCAACUGAGUUCUUGUGUGAAUGCAAUCACAUCAAAUACUAAACCAUCAGCACUCUGUUGCAGCAAGAUCAAAGAACAAAAACCUUGUCUUUGCACUUACCUAAAGAAUCCAAAUCUUGGUAAGUUUAUCAAUACUCCAAAUGCUAGGAGAGUUGCUAGCACUUGUGGAACUCCUUAUCCCAAGUGCUAAAUUUGAUCAUCCUCUCACUUUAGUGGGUUAAUUUGAAGUUUUAUUUGGUGCUGUGGGUAAUUAUGUUAUGAAAUAAGUUAAUGGAGCACUAGCUAGCUAGUUGUUGUUGUUGUUCAUGGAAAUAAAUUUGUUGGGUCACAUUCUCAUGUGCCUAACUUUGUUCUUGGGUGUGGUUUAUCAUGUCACUACUAUGUAAGGAAAAAAGAGAGGCACUAUUACCUUUAAUGGGUGUUAUCAUUUGGAUCAUGUUGUUAGUACUAUUAAUCAUAAAACUUGUUUUUCUUUUUAAA